UCUUGACAUAAAUGAUAAACCCACAGAUCCAAGAAGCUCAAGGAAACUCAAGCGCAAGAAGUUUGCUUAUUUAUUUAUUUAUUUUUAUUUAUUUACUUGGUUGCCCCGGGUCUUAGUUGCAGCAGGUGGGCUCCUUAGUUGCAGCUUGUGAGCUCCUUAGUUGCAUCUCGCUGGCUCCUUAGUUGUGGCAUGUGAACUCUUAGUUGCGGCAUGCAUGUGGGAUCUAGUUCCCAGGGAUUGAACCCAGGCACCCUGCAUUGGGAGCACAGAGUCUUAACCACUGCGCCACCAGGGAAGUCCCAAGCACGAGAAGUUUGAAGAAAAUUGCAUCAAGGAACAUCAUAAUCAAAUUGCUAAAACACAGCAAUAAAAAAAUGAUUUCCGCUCUCACAACUUCUAGUCAGAGGUGUGGGCAUAAUGAAGAUGAAGAUUCACCAAACAAGCUCUAUACGUUGGUUACCUGUGUACCUGUCACCACUUUCAAAAAUCUACAGACAGUUAAUGUGGAUGAGAACUAUCUGCUGAUUGUCCAGUAAAAUUAUAGAACUGCCAAAACAAAAACAAAAACAAAGCCAACAAACAAAAAGCAAAAGGUGUGGGAAGUUCUAGCCAGGCCAACUAGGCAAGAAAAUGAAAUAAAAUGCAUCCAUAUUGGAAAAAAGAGGUAAAACUAUCUAUGUUCAAAUGACAUGAUCUUAUAUAGAGAGAAUUCCAUGGAAUGCACUAAGAAAAACUGUUAGAACUAAUGAAUGAGUUAAGCAAGGUUGCAGGGUACAAGAUCAAUAUUUUAAAAUCAGUUAUAUUUCUAUACGUUUUCAACAAACAAUCUGAAAAUGAAAUAAGAAAUCUAUUCAAUUUAUAAUAACAUCAAAAAGACUAAAACAUUUAUGAAUAAAUUUAAUAAAGGAAGUACAAAACUUAUACUUUGAAAACUAUACAAUAUUGUUGAAAGAAAUUGAAGAAGACCUAAAUAAAUGGAAAGAUAUUCCACAUUCGUGGAUUGGAAGAUUUAACAUUGUUAAGGUGACAGUACUUCCCAAAUUGAUCUAUAGAUUCAACACAAUCUCUUCAAAGUUCCAGUUAACAUGUUUGCAGAAAUUGACAAGCUGCUCCCAAAAUUCAUAUGGAAAUCCAAGGGACCCAGAAUAUCCAAAACAAUCUUGAAAAAGAACAAAGUUGGAGGACUCAAACUUCCUGAUCCCAAAAGUUACUACAAAGCUACAAUAAUCAAGACAGUGUGGUACCAGCAUGAGGUUGAACAUAUUGAUUGAUGGAAUAGAAUUCAGAGUUCAGAAAGAAGCCUUCACUUUUAGUCACUUGGUUUUCAACCAGGAUGCCAAGACAAUCCAGUAGAAGAAAGAACAGUCUCUUCAACAAAUUGUGCUGGGACAUCUGAAUAUCCAUAUGCAAAAGAAUGAAGUUGAACCCCUUCCUCACACCAUACAGAAAAAUUAACUAAAAAUGGAUGAUACACAUAAGUGUAAGAGCUAAAACUAUAAAACACUUAGAAGAAAAUCUAGGAGUAGUUCUUCAGGACCUUGGGUCAGGAAGGACCUGAAGUCAGGUCCAGAAGACAAAGCCUUCUUGGAUAUGUUUCCAAAAGCAAAAGUGACAAAAGCUUAAAAAAAAAAAAAAGAUAAAUUGGACUUCAUAAAAAUUAAAACUUUUGGCUUCAAAGGAGAUUAUCGAAAAAGUGAAAGACACAUAGAAUGGGAGAAAAUAUUUGCAAAACAUAUUGACAAGAGGUUUGUAUUUAAAAUGUAUAAAUAACUCUCUCAACUCAAUAAUAAGACAACCCAACUAAAAAAUUGGAGAAAAAUCUUAAUAGACAUUUCUCCAAAGAUAUAUAAAUGGCCAAUAAACACACGAAAAGAUGCCUGACAUCAUCAACCAUCAGGGAAAUUUAAAUCAAACCACAAUGAGAUACCACUUCAUACCCCCUAGGGUAGCUAUAAUUGAAAAGACAGAUGGUAAAAAGUAUUGGUGAGCUUGUGGAGAAAUUGGAGCACUUAUACAUUGUUCAUAGGAAUGCAAAAUGGUGCAGCCACUCUAGAAAACUGUUUGGAAGUUCCUCAAAAGGUUAAAUGUAGAAUUACCAUAUGACCCAGCAAUUCCACUCCUAGGUACAUACUCAAGAGAAAUGAAAACAUGUCUACACAAAAAUGUGUGCAUAAAUGUUCACAGCAGCAUUAUUCAUAAUAGCCAAGGGAAAUAACCCAAAUUCCAUCAACUGAUGAAUGGAGAAAUUUAAAAAUGGGCUAGGCAACUUCUGUGGCAGUCAAGUGGUUAAGACACCCUGCUUUCAUUGCAGGGGAUGUGGGUUCAAACCCUGGUUGGAGAACUAAAAUCCCACAUGCUGCUCGGCAUGGCCAAAAAGAUUAAUAAAUAACACAUACAUACAAUUUAUUUACAUAUCUUAUUAUUUACAUAUCUUACAUACAUACACACACAUAAAAUGUGCUAUAUCCAUACAAUGGAAUACUCUUUGGCAACAAAAAGGAAUGAAGUACUGAUACAUGCUAUGACAUGGAUGAACCUUGAAAAGAUUAUGCCAGGUGAAAGAAGCCAGACACAAAAGGCCACAUAUUGUGUGAGUCCAUUUACAUGAAAUGUCCACAAUAGGCAAAUUGGUACAAAGUAGAUUAGUGGUUGCCCAUGGCUGGGGUGGAGGUCCAGGGGAAUGGGGAAUGACUACAUACGGGGGUACGGGGUAUCCUUGUGGGGUGAUGAAAAUGUUCUAAAUUUGUUUAUAUUGAUGGUUGCACAACUCUGACUAUACUAAAAACUAUUUAAUUUAAAUGGGUGAAUUGUAUGGGGUGUAAAUUAUAUAUCAAUAAAACUGUUAACCCCUUCUCUAUAAAAACAGCAGUAAAGAGAAGGUUUUAAGAGCCUCUGGAAAAAAAGACAUGAUAUAUACAGAGGAACAAGGACAAACAAUGGCCGGUUUCUUGUUAGAAACAAUGCGUGUGAGGAGACAGUGGAACUACGUCUUUACUGCAAGUAGAAACUAUCAACCUAGAAUUCUAGAAACAGAACCACCCAUACCUAUAUGGUCAGCUGACUUUCAACAAAGGUGCUAAGACAAUUCAGUGGAGAAAGAAGAGUCUUUUCAACAAAUGGUAUAGGUACUAUUGGAUAUCCACACAAAAAUAAAAUAAUCUGGAGCAUGUCUUUACACCAUAUACACAAAUUAACUCAAAAUGGAUCAUAGACCUAAAUGCAAAACCUAAAACUAAAAAAAACUUCUUGGAGAAAAUUUAGAAAAUCUUUGGUUAGGCGAAGAUUUCUUACAUACAACCAAAAGAACAAUCCAUGAGAGAAAAAUGGAUAAAAAAUGGAUAAAUUGGAAUUCAUCAAAAUUAAGAACUUCUGCCCUUCAAAAGACAUUGUUCAGAAAAUGAAAAGAUGAGCCACAGACUAGAAGGAAAUAAUUUCAUAUCACGUAACUGAUGAAGAACUUAUGUAAAGAAUAUAUAAAGAACUCUUAAGACUCAACAAUAAGAAAACAAGUAACCCAAUGACGAAAAUGGGCAGAUUUGAUCAGUUAUUUCAUGGAAGAAGAUAUAUGGAUGCAUUUAUUUAUUUAAAAUUUUUUAUUUAAAAUUUAAUUUUUUAUUUAAAUUUUUAAAUUUAAAUUUAAAAAAAAUUUUAAAUUUUUAUUUAAAUUUAAAUAUUUAUUAAAAAAUUUUUUGCCACGCGGCUUGUGGGAUCUCAGUUCCCCGACCAGGGAUCAAACCCAGGCCCUCGGCAGUGAAGGCGCCAAGUCCUAACCACUAGACCACCAGGGAAUUUCCUGGAUGCAUUUAAACACACGAAAAGAUGCUCAACUUUAGUCAUUAAGGAAAUGCAAAUUAAAACCACAAUGAGGGACUUCCCUGGUGGCACAGCGGUGAAGACUCCACACUCCCAACGCAGGGGGCCCGGGUUCAAUCCCUGGUCAGGGAACUAGAUCCCAUAUGCAUGCUGCAACUAAGAGUUCACAUGCCACAACUAGGGAGCUGGUGAGCCGCAACUAAGGAGCCCGCCUACCACAACUAAGACCUGGCACAACCAAAAAAAUAAAUAAAAUUAAAAAAUAAAAUAAAGGGGCUUCCCUGGUGGUGCAGUGGUUGAGAGUCCGCCUGCCGAUGCAGGGGACGCGGGUUCAUGCCCUGGUCCGGGAAGGUCCCGCGUGCCGUGGAGCGGCUGGGCCCGUGAGCCAUGGCCGCUGGGCCUGUGCGUCCGGAGCCUGUGCUCCGCAACGGGAGAGGCCACAGCAGUGAGAGGCCCGCGUACCGCAAAAAAAUAAAUAAAUAAAAUAAAAUAAAAUAAAAUACCCUCUUUAAUAAUCGUUUAAAAAAAAAAGCAAGCAAAAAAACAAGAAAACUCCACAAUGAGACAGUACUAACCAUUUACUAGAAUGGUAAAGUUAAAAAGUCUGACCAGGGCUUUGCUGGUGGCGCAGUGAUUGAGGAUCUGCCUGCCAAUGCAGGGGACACGGGUUCGAGCCCUGGUCUGGGAAGAUCCCGUAUGCCGCGGAGCAAUUGGGCCCGUGAGGCACAACUACUGAGCCUGCGCGUCUGGAGCCUGUGCUCCGCAACAAGAGAGGCCGCAAUAGUGAGAGGCCCGCACACUGCGAUGAAGAGUGGCCCCCGCUUGCCACAACUAGAGAAAGUCCUCGCACAGACAAUAAGACCCAACACAGCCAUAAAUAAAUAAAUAAAUUUAAAUCAUAUGGGCUUCUAAGAAGACCUCUGCUUAAAAAAAAAAAAAAAAAAGGUCUGACCAGACCUAGUGCUGGUGUGGACAUGGAGCAACUGGAACUCUCAGGAACUCCUGGUGGGGAUGAAAAAAUGGUAACCACGCCGGAAAACAGUUUACCCAAGAGAAAUGCAAGCACGUGUUCACACAAAGACUUAAACACAAAUGUUUAUAACAUAGCCCCAAAUGUCCAUCAACAGGUGAAUGGAUAAACAAAUCUUGGCAUGUCCAACAAUGGGACACUACUUAUUAAUUAUAAAAAUAACUAUUGGCAUACACAGUGGCAUAGACGAAUCUCAAAAUAAUUAUGCUCAGUGACAGAAGACAGUCAUACUGCACUCUUUUGUACUCUACCAACGAGUGCCUACUGUAUGGUCCCAUCUACAUGAAGUGUUCUGGACGGUGCCACCCAACUGCAGUGACAGAAGGGAAGGAAGGCCCACGUGGCUGCCUGGGCAGAAGGCGGCGUCAGAAAGGGCACAGGAACCCUUGGGAUGAUGGGAGUGUGGUGAUGGCUUCCCGGGUGACUACACCUGUCAAAACUUAGCUAACUUUACACUUUAAAUAUGUGGAGUUUAUCAUAUUAAAUUAUACAUCAGUACAUCAGUAAACUAUUAAAAAAUGAAAAGUAAAAAGCCUGUAAUCUAUGUAAAGCAUUUAAGACUGCCGGGCGUGUAAUAGCUGCUCGUUGAAAGUCGGCUCUUAUUUUUGAGGGCUUAUGUCUCAGGGUCAAGGGCUCAAAGCGGGCUAAGUGGCUUCGGGAAGGGGCCCUGGCGCCCCCAAACACACCGCCCUCGCAGAGCCAGGCGCCGACGGCUCUGCUCUGCCAACUUCCGGUGGAGCCUGCUCGCCCGCUGGUGGCUUCCGGCGGUACCGCAGGCCGCGUGCCCGGCAACGCCACUCCCCGGCGGCUCCUCCAGCCCGUCCGUCUGCACCCGCUCACGAGCCUCCACAGAGACUUAAGGCCCCCAGCGCGGAGCUGGGUCAGAAGCGCGCAGAUGCCCGUGUGCUGCAGAGCCCUUCCCACGAGGAGACCCAUGAUUGGGGGGCGAGGAGAGAGAGGGGACGCCUCGGGUAACUCCAGCCACAGCUGCUCUUCAGAAGGAACCAGGUACACCGCGCCCUCCCCACAGCCUCCCCUCGGGUCCUGUACUGCCUUCUUCCAGGGCAGCCAUGGCAACCGUAGAAAAGCCCCUGCCCCAAACCCUCCAAGCUUCCUCUGUCUGGGAAGUCCAUGGGGGGGGCUCUGCUGCUGUGGCUCUGUAGACAGACGGACACACACGUGUGCGCCACGGAGUCGUGAUGUGGCGCUGGGCCAACUGGUGUCCACACAGAAACAAAAAGGUGUGACAGGACCCCCAUCACCCACCAUCCACGAAAAUCAGUACCAUGUGGGUUGUAGUCCCAGUGAGAAAGGUAAAACGAUGAAGUUCUAAAAACGUGGAAGGACAUGGUGAAAUCUUCAUGACUUUUUGGGGCAGGCAAAGAGUUCUGUAAAAAGACAGAAGCAGGGCUUCCCUGGUGGCUCAGUGGUUAAGAAUCCACCUGCCAGUGCAGAGCACACGGGUUCGAGCCCUGGUCCCGGAAGAUCCCACAUGCCGUGGAGCAACUGGGACCACGAGCCACAACUACUGAGCCUGCGCUCUAGAGCCCGUGCUCCGCAACAAGAGAAGCCACCGCAAUGAGAAGCCCGCGCACCGCAACGAAGAGUAGCCCCCGCUCACCACAACUAGAGAAAAGCCCGCGCGCAGCAACAAAGACCCAACGCGGCCAAGAAUAAUUAAUUAAUUAAUAAAAAAAGACAGAAACAGUGAUAAGCGUAAAGAAAAUUGUUGAUAAUUUGGACUAUGUUAAAAUUUAAAACUUCUGUUCAUCAAAAGGCACUGUUAAGAGAUUGAAAAGUUGAGAUGGGGGGGGAGAUAUUCAUAGUACAAAUAUUCAAAACAGAAUCUUUACCCAGAAUGGGUAACAAACUCCUACAGAUCAAUAAGAAAAAGGCAUAGAAAAGAGGCAGAAGCACUGAAGAGACACACAUCUUCACAAAGGAAGAUGCCAGUGGGGACUUCCUUGGUGGUCCAGCGGUUAAGACUCUGCGCUCCCAAUGCAGGGGUCCAGGGGUUCGAUCCCUGGUCAGGGAACUAGAUCCCACACGCUGCAACGAAGAUCCUGACUGCCGCAACUAAAGACCUGGUGCAGCCAAAUAAAUAUUUAAAAAGAAGAUGACAAUGGCCAGUACCUUCAUUCUUAAGGAAAGUGCUGCGCCAGGCGAUGACAGGCCGUAGGCAGUGUGGGCGCAGCCACCCCGGAAAACUGUUGGGCAGUGUCCUCUAGAGCUGGACAAACACCUCUGACCCCACAACUCUCCAAGACCGCCAAAAGAAAUGUUCCAGAAUGUUCAUAGCAUCACUGGGAAUAGCUGCAAACUGGAAAUGACCCAAAUCUCCAUCCACAGGAAAGCGAUGCACGGAUCACACGUGGACCACCCUCAGCGGCGAAGUUGACCAACACAGCCUUAGCCACCGAGUCCAGAGCCUGAGGAGGAACGGGGAAGAGGACUGUGGGAUUAGAAGGCAGAGAGCAUGGGUACUGGUCUCUGCCCCGUUCCAGCACAGAGUGCCUGAACCUGGAAAUUUCCUGCUGAGAGCACAGGAGCAUCUUUUGUUCUAAUGAGGCUCCUGUGGGGGCUGCUCACCGGAAAGACCAAGCCUGAUGAGAAGCGUGGAACUUUCAGCCCCGCCCCCAUCCUCUUGAGAAAGGAGAGGGGCUGAAAAUGGGGUUAAAUCGAUCAUGGCUGUGUGAAGAAGCCUCCACAAAAUCCCAAGCGCUGGAGGUGGGUGGAGCUGCGUCCACGCUCCUUCCCACGAAGCCCUGCCCAUCUCCCAACCUGGACCCUCAUCUGCAUCCUUCAUCCUACCCUUUUAUAAUGAACUGGUGAGCGUUAGUGAAUGUCUCCCUGAGUUCUCUGGCAAAUUAAUUUAAUCCAAGGGGCAAUGGGUCGUGGGAAGCUCACAUCUGUAGCCAAGUCGGACAGAAGUGGUGGGUGACCUGGGGACCUGCUCCUUGCCAUUGGCGUCUGAAGUUGGGGGCAGUCUGUGGGACUGAGCCCCUAAGCAUCUCCAGAUAUUAUCAGAAUUGAGUUAACCUGUCAGAUACGCCGCUAGUGUCACCGAAUUGCCUGGCGUGGGACACCCCCCCACACACACACACUUUUGGCGACCAGUAAAGGAGACUCACAGGAGAGACAUAGGAGGGAAACCUGGGUUUUCCCAACACACAGAGGCAGCGAGGAGAGACCCCAGACCAGGCUUGCCCACCCAGGGUGGCCGAGAACAUCACCCGACCUCGCUCUUCCGGGGUGACUCGGCCUCCUCCACUCGAAGCCUCGGCUGUCGUGGUCCCCACCUGCCCAGUCUCAAUCCCCUGGACCCUCCUCAGAGGCCACCCUCCUCUCCACUCUAGGUCCUUCUUAAGAUGUGUUGCUGUCAGAAAUGAUCCUAUUUACCUGUUAGUUUCAAUGUUUGCUGUCCAACCCCCCUACUCCCUCCUCUGUCCCCAGCGGGAGGGGUGUGUGUCACAAUGACCAGGCUGGGGAUAGGCAACACCAGCCUCGAGGGCAGGAUGGCUCUGAGCAGGGCCUUUGGGGCCCAACUCUGCCACUUACUAGCUGUGUGGCUAUGGACAACUCACUCACCCUCUCUGUGCCUUACCAAGCUCAACUGUGAAGGAGGAUCCUCCUGGCAUCCCUCUCAGGAUGGACACAUUUUGGAAAAGUGCUCAGGGCACUGGGCAGGGUGAUGCCUGUAAGGGGCUGUUCUCAGAGGCCAUGCCUCCUGCCCGGCUCCUCCUGGUGACCUGCAGGUGGCAGCACCAGACCCCUGUUCCUGGAGAGAGAGACUGCACUGCCACCCCCCGCCUUGGGCCCUGCUUGCAGGAGCCUAGGUCGGGAGAGGUGCUGGUCUUGGGGGGCUGCCGGCAGGUGAGGUGACAGGAGGAGUGGGGAGGGCUGAGUUUUCACAGUGGGCGGGGCCACUUGAAGAGGAAAGGGCAGCCUUCGGCCAGGACGGGCAGCAGGGUAGCCUUCAGCUUAGGAAAGGGAGGGCCUGUGGGCCUGACUGCUGGUCAGCGUUCUCUAACUGGCAUCUGCCCUGACCAGGAAGGCGUCCCUCACGUAGCUGGCAGCCCCUCAAAUGCCAUCUAUUUGUGGCCUGUACCCUGCCGCCUGGCAGGAGACAUGUGACUGCGGAGCUGUGGUAUUUUGGGCAAUGGGGGUGGGGCCUGCGUGGCGAGCCCUGCACCAUGCUGCUCUGGGACAGGCAGCUUGGAUGCCCAGCUCCGCUGCCCCGGCUGGCUGUGGGGUCCCAGGUACAGUACUGUCAGCCCCUCAUUCCCACCCUAAGGGGUCCCAAGGCAGACAGCCCCCACUGGGACCUCCCCUAGGACCAGAGGGGAGGACGAGGUGCAGCGGGGUCAGGAAGCCGCAGUGCCCUGGUCUCAAGGCACCUCCAUCUCAGGACUUGCCUGGCCAGAGUGACCUCCCACCGCCCUGGGUCCAGUGGCAGCUGACCAAGGCCCAAAGGGCAGCCCCCUGCAGGGGGCUGAGAGGUUAGGGGGUGUCAGCCAGGUAGGGUUGCCUUAGUUCACUGAGACGCGGGGAGGGGACCUCUGCCGGCUGGGCAGAUCUGGUCAGGGGCACAGACACUGAGGAUGGCCCCGGGGGGGCUGGUGGGAAUCAGGAGGCUCAUUUCUGUUGUGGGACCUCCUGCCCAGGCAGGGGCAGAGCCAGGCUCGCCCUGAUGACCCCUGAGAGGGCUCUGGCCAGCACUAGCUUGACCUUGGUAAGCUCAGAGGAAGCCCAGCAGUCUGUCCCAGCCAAGGCCGGUGGAAGGUCAUCACCAAAGACUGGUCACCUGCUGGACACUGCGGCUCCUCUGAGGCAUGUUGGGAUAGUCCGGCGCUGACUGUCGCCCAGGUAAACUGAGCCCUGGUGGGUGGUCCUUGAAAUGGGCUUUGGUAUAUAGAGUUGGCCUCGGUACCAACACCUCUGCAGGAAAGCUGGAGGCUGACCCAGCUGGACAGAAGAUGCAUAACGUUGUGGAGGAAAGCUCCUCCUGGGGAUGAGAACUCAAACAUGAGGAAGCCUAUUCUUUAGUGAACUUCACUAACCUGAAUGCAGGACUGCGGCAAUGCGUCACUGUAACGUUAUCAUCUGCAGUCAGUUUGGGAGCACGGAAGGUGGGUUUCGGAUGUUCUAGCUCCGGGAAGCCAGCAGGUUUGAGAUCAGCACAGCUUCCCUCUGGAUUCUGUUUGUUCUGCUUUCUUUCAGGACGGAGAUGGAGUGCUGGCCCCCGAGCCAGGGAGCAGCCAGGGGGCAGGUGGGGUGUGGGCAGUGUGUGCCGGCCAGGGCCCCAGGCCUGGGCCCAUGAAGAGCCUGGUCUGUGGUUCACGUGCCUCUGCUGACCCAGAAUGGAGAGCUUCCAGUGCAGCGUCCAGCUGAGCGGCCAGGACCGGGCUGAGUUUUCAGCCGCUGCCGCAGAGUGUGGCCUCCCGCGGGCCGGCCUGGCCUCUGGGCAUGAGCUCUUGUCCAGUGACACUGACCAAAGGGACAGCAGUGGCAGCAGCCCCCCAGGGCCCCUGCCCCUUCCUGAGGGGCAGCUGGCUCCCAGGGGGAGUGACCGGCCUGGCUCUGAGGGGGAGAAGGUACCCGCCCGGCAGCUGGUCAGCAGGUCUUGGUGUGAGCCCGUGCUGGCCCCGGAGGCCGGUCAGCAGACGCCCAGCGUGUCCGUGCGGCCAGAAGUUCAGCCGUCCCUCAGCCCUGGUGCUGCCCCUCUGGUCCAGGGCUCAUCCCUCCCGGGGCCAGUGUCUUCCAGAGGCGAGAGGGAGAGGCUUCUGCAGGGGGCAGCCCCCCGGGGUCUUGCCCCUACUCUCACGGGUGAGCCCGCUCGGAGCCCCGAUUCCACCGGCUGCAGCGCUGCCCCCCAGAGGCCCCCUGGCAGCCCUGGAGCCCCGCUGCGCAGCCCCAGCCAAAAGAAGAGGCGGGCUGCAGGCACCAAGGCGGGUGGGCGCUUGGGUGACCCAGGCCCUGCUCCCACCCAGCUGGGCUCCCUACUGCUCACUGAGGCCGGGGCCGAGGACGGCCUUGGCCUGGCUGGGUCCAGGGGGAAGGGCCUCCGGGUGGGGACCACAGGGCAGACAGCAGGAGCUGGGCAGAUCGAGCUGGGGCCAGAGUCUCCAGAAGCCCCUGAGCAGGUGGCCAGGCGAGGGCCAGGUGUGGAUCUGUCUACAUCUGUCCCUACCACUGAGCAGGGUACAGACCUAAUCGGAAUGACCCUCAGAACUGAGCCACGCACUACAUCCACGCUUGACCUGGAGGCUUCUGCAGGUGUCACAAUGGCUAAGCCAGACGUGGCUUUGUCCACACCCACCUCCGAGCCUCAGCCCGAUGAGCCUCUGUCUACACCUGCCUCCGAGCCUAGACUGGAUGUGGACCUGCUUGUGCCAGGUCCAGGGGUCCAGCUGGAGGUGGGUUCAUCUACGCCUGUCUCGAAGGCUAUUCCCCGUACAGCUCUGCCUCACCUGGUUUCUGAGGCUGGGUCUGAUGUGGGUGUGUCUACACCUGCUCCCAUCCCUGAGGCUGGGCCUGACGUGGCGGAGCUGGAGGUUGCCCCAGUGGCCAAGCUGGGUUUGAGCCCUAUUCGGUCUCCAGAGGGGGGCCGACAGAAGCUCAGAGGGGAGCCCUCAGCAGGUGCCCCUGGACACCGCACUGGGGAGCCCCCGCUAGGCCCUAUCCAAGCCCCCAAGAAGAAGAAAGUGCGAUUCUCCAUGGCUGUGCCCAGCCCCGAGGAGCCAGGGUCAGGAGAGGCCUCAGGCCCAGCCUUCCCAGCCACAGCCCCCAGGACAGCAGCUGGGGGCCGCAGGGCAUCUGGAGCCUGGGACACUGUGGCAGUUGGGCCCCGGACCCCCCAGCCUCGGAUCCCGAAGCACCUGCCUCCCCCUGCCCCCUCUGCCUCAGCGGGGCCUGGGCGCAGCUGCUCCUUUGCGGUGACCCUCCCAGAAGCCUAUGAGUUCUUCCUUUGUGACACCAUCGAGGAAGAGGAUGAAGACACUGAGGAGGAAGCAGAGGCUAGCCAGGCUCUGGCCGAAGUCCAGUGGCCGGACAUGUGCGAGUUCUUCUUCCAAGAUGGCCAAACCCAGAGGUCGAGGCACCAGGAAGGCCACUCCCAGGCCCCACCCCUCCAGGCUGAGCCUGUGCCGGCCCCUCCACCAGGAGAUCCCACACCCAUCUCCAUCCCCGAGGCCUACGAACACUUCCUCGGGGAGGACGUGUCAGGGGGCAUGCUGGGGCCGGCUGUGCUUCUCCAGAUGCAGGCCACGGAGCCCCCCAGGUCAGUCCCCUGGGACGUGGGGACCGGCACCCCACCAGGGCCCAGCCCAGCCUCAGCGAAGCAGCUUGCCCCGGCCAUCAGGCAAGCAGGCCCAGGUAACAGCAGUGCCUGCCCCCAGCCUGUAGCAGGCAGGCGUUGGGGCAGCUCCAGCUCAGGCCAUGCCGCCUGCCAGAGCAGGCUCGCAUUCCCCCUGGACGGUAUUUUACAAACCAGGAAACUGUGCUCCAGAUGUACUCGCCCAAGUCAGCCUGACUCAACUAUGCCACACGCUAUCCUGUAUCACGGGGAGGAUGUGACUCAAGACAGACAUGUCUCAGGACAGACAUGGCCAGGAGAGACAUGUCCCAGGGCAGCGUUCGCUACCUGGGCUGUGAGAACAUCAGACCUGCAUGCCCCAGAUGCCUGGAAAACAGGUUUGUGGGCCCGGGGGGCGGGGGUCUGGUGUCUAGAAGCCAAAGGGAGGGGCAGUGGUAGUGUCCCAGCUGCUGGGCCAGCAGGGGUGAGGGGCACAUGGGGAGGCGCAGGUGUCUCUCCUGACGGGUCUCCUGCGUUGCUGACCCACUCUCGCCCCGCUGGCCUCCUCCCAUCCUUUGAGAACCCCGCCGUGUGGAUGGAGGGUGGGGACCGGGCCGGAAUGGAGCCGGCACUCAGGAGGUCUUGUACUUCUCCUGCAGUUCUGCUGGCCAACAUCGGCACCAUCUCCGCCAUCCGGUACUUCCGCUGGCAGGUGGGGCGGGGCCGCCGCAGCCCCAGCUCCUAAGACCCAGGCUCCGCCCAGGAAGACGCAGGAUGAGGAAAUGUCCACAGGUGCUCAGGAUGAGGUGCUGCCCUCAGGCCUCGCCCUUUGACCCUUGCGUUCUGCGGCGUCUAGGAAGGAGCCUGCGUCCUUGGUCCUGGCUCUCUUGGACUCCACCCGAGGGUCCAGCCAGUGGCCGAGGCCGAGGCUGUGUUCCACACUUGGGAGUGGGGAGAUUCUGGAAGGCUGGGAGGGUAGGCCAAGCAGGGAGCUGGGCGUUAGUAAGGUGCCAGAUUAGCAACAAAAAACACAAGGUGUCCAUCGAAACUGGAGUAGUUUGAGACCUACUUAUGCUAAGGAAUUAUUUGUGGUUUAUCUGAAGCCAGAGUUAACUGGAGUCCUAAUCCUAUGUGGUUAUCCUGUUGGAGGGAGGGGCAUGAUGGGGCUUCAGAGCAGCAGCGAGGCCCCAGCUGGAGAUCUGGGCAGAGGGCCUUGAGGCUGGGGGCUGGCGUCCCAGGGACCCUCUGCCCUGUUUAUAAGUGGGCUGGGCCGCUGGAGGCCUCUGAGGCCUCUCUAACCCCUGAACCCCAGGGGUCUGUGGUCAAGGCCUCCUCGGCUCCCGCCCGAGAUGCUGAGCAGGUACCCAGAGGGGCCCUGCAGGCUGGGGGUCUGUAGGGCAGAGCCUGGAGCCCCUCCUCUGGGGAGCCCUGGAGGAGGUGCAGAGGCAGAAGGCAAGGGUAUCAGGUGGAGGGACGGGACACCUGGGUUCGCCCAGAGCUGACAGGAGCCGGAGGUGACACAGGAAGGUGGACAGGGUGUGGGCAGUAGUGGAGCAAGGGGGCUGCCAGACUAGGCGCUGGGGGGGCGUCCAGCUACGAGGCAGCACAUACAGGGUCCCCAGGACGCAGGAGACUCCUGCUGCUCAGGACAGAACGCGUGGACACACGGCACCAAUAAAAUCUCUUUCUUUCUUGUU